AUGUCUAAACCCACCACCGAGAUUGACCUCUCCGGGUUCGGGCUCGAGAGACUGCAGCACAUAGGCCGUGGGCAGUAUGCCAGUGCACAGCUGGUCAAAGAGACGGCCAGUGGACAGACCUUCGUGGCCAAAUGCAUCUCCUUGGCGGCAUUGAACGAGCAUGACCAGGAUUUGGCUCAUCAAGAGGUCUUCCUCCUGCAGACACUGAGCCAUCCCUACAUCGUCGCAUAUCGGGAUAGCUUUCUCAUUGAAGGGGCGAACACUUUGGUGAUUGUGAUGGAGUAUUGCGGCGGUGGCGAUGUUCGCAAAGCCAUCAAGGACAAAGCAAAGGAAGGCGGCCACUUUACGGAGGAGCAAAUCAUGACGUGGUUUGUCCAGCUCUGCUUAGCGCUGCAGUACAUCCAUUCAGAGAAGGUAUUGCAUCGAGAUUUGAAAACCUCCAACAUCUUCUUGACCGAAGAUGGCUCGGCAAUCAAGCUCGGCGACUUUGGCAUCUCACGCGUGCUGGAAGGCACCACCGAGGCCGCCGUCACUAUAGUCGGAACGCCAUACUACAUGUCUCCCGAAGUUUGUCGAAGCGAGCCUUAUAACUGGAAAUCCGACAUCUGGGCUUUGGGAUGUGUGCUCUACGAGUGCUGCAUGCUGAAGCAUGCCUUUGAGUCUUCCUCCCUGUUGGGCCUGGUCUACAAGAUUGUCAGUGACCAUUAUGACCCAAUUCCGUCCUUCUAUUCGCCAGAGCUGAAUGAUCUGAUCAACAAGCUGUUGAUGAAGAAUGCCGAGUCCCGGCCUUCAAUCAACGAGCUCUUCGCCAACCCGUACGUCAAGGCUUACCUGGCAAAGCAAUCGGCCCCUGUGGCCACCCCCAGUCCGCCGUCCUCCUUGGAGCCGGCUGGCAAGAAGACCACUCUGAGGCCCGGAGGAGCUGCGAAGCCGCCUCCGCCUCCUCCGCCACCUCCCAAAGAAACCCCGCCGGCACCCGGCCCUGCCCCUCUUGCGCCAGAGUCCAAGAUCCUCGUCAUCAUCGCGCGCAUCCGGCGACGGCUGGUGGGUCAGAAGCUGAACUGGAUCUCGUCCUGUGCAUCCUUCGAUGAUGAUGGCGACGGAGCGCUCACGCCGGAUGCCAUGGGCCACGCUCUGAUGACGAUGCCCCUGGGCCUCAGCGACGAUGAGAUCAAGCAGUUGACGUCAGCUUUGUCUCCAUCACCUGGUGCCAAGAUAUCCCUGGACGCCUUCAGCGCUUACCUACAGGAGGUGGCAGAUGAAGUGAAGCAGUACGAAACUUGGGCUCGGCAGGUCCUGGCACCACCGGGAAAGCGCCUCCACGAUCUGCUGCGGGCGAAGGACAUCGAGCGCAGUGGCACUUUGGCCCCCAGCAUCUUCCAAGACACGCUCCAGGAGCUUGUUCCCGUGCUGACUCCUCCACAUCUCGACUUGCUGGCCUUGCUCGCCGACAAGAACUGCUUAGGCGAUGUGGACUAUGGUGAGUUCCUGGACACAUUUGGCGCCCCUGUGGCUCCUCCAUCGUCAGCCCCUCCGGGGCCUCCAGGUCCUCCACGGCCCCCAGCGCCGCCGGGAAUGCCGCCGCUGCCAGGCAUGUCCACAGCUCCAGCUCCGCCUGGGAUGCCUCCGCUGCCUGGCGUGGGUGGGCCAUCCGAUCCGCUUGGGGCGACCCUGGGAGGGACCCUGGGAGGAUCCCUCGGCAGUGUGGAAAUCAACUUUGAGAAAACGUUUUUCACUUGCACUUCCAGCUCUGCUUUACAAGGAACGAAUGCCGGUCGAAUGUCUCUCUCGGCACAAGGCUGUGCCUUGAUCUUUGGAAGACUGCGCAGAAGGCUGGAGGCAGCCGGUUUGGCGUUGUCUGAUGCCUUGGCGCUGUUCCUCCUUCCCGGAGAGAGGGAGCUGACCGCGGAGCAGUGGCUGGAUGUGGCGUCGACUUUGCCCCUGGGAACCUCGCGAGCUGAGAUGCAACAGCUCUUCCUGAAGGUGGAUGCAGACGGCUCCGGCAAGGUGGCGCUGGCCACGCUGGAGCAAGGCAUCGCGCGGGCAAACUCCGAAGACUGUUGCAAGCCUCCUACCUGGAUCUCUGCUGCCAUCACCCAGAGGGGCCUGUGCAACCGCAUCAGCUCAGAGUUGCAGCGACGCUGCACCGGCGGUUCCCGGCUGGCACCGGAGGGAGCCUUCAGGCGUGUGAUCAUGGAGACGGAGAGAUAUCUCACGUCAGACCAGUUGACGUCCCUGAUUCUCUUGGCGGACAAGAACUCCGGAGGACUCCUCGACUACGAAGAGUUCACGGAGCGCUUUGGCGGCUCCGGGGGGUCUUUGGGGGUUCCCGGUGGGGCGCUUCCGCCCCCCGCGGUGGAGGCGGACGCCUCGGCCGAGGAGAUUUCGGUGGUCUGCGCCCGGACGGCCGCGGUGAUGGAAAGCCACGGCUUUCAGUGUGACCGCCUGCCGUCUCUGCUCGCUUUGUGGGGAAGCUUAGAGCUCCCGAGCCUGGCGGCGGUGAUCGCUUCCCUCCCCCUGGGCCUCUCCAGACGGGAAGCCGUGGCUUUGCUGAGCCAUGGCAGCGUGGAGGCCCUGGUCGCGAACAUGGUGCAAGUGCAGAGCCAGGGGAUCUGGAGGAGCCACGUGGAGUGGGCACAGGGCCAGAUCCCGGGCCAUGCGCUCCGGCAGGUCCUACACCAUCAGGUAAUUGAGGCGGAGUCAAGAACCCUGGAGCCAGGUGACUUCAUGGAGGCCCUGGCAAACGCAGGUGUUCCUCCUAACAACAUUCAGAUGGCAAUGUGGCUCGCGCAGAAGACGAGCCAAGGUGAUGUCCAGGUGGCUUCCUUCCUUGAGUCCUUCAGUGGCAGUCCGCAAGCUGCGAAGAAGAAGCGAGGACUCCUCUGGCGAAUGAUGGGACGAUGA